AUGACCAUCAACGACGGUUACAAGGAGAAGGAGGCGCCGAGUGUGGGAGCCCAAAAAGUCCCAAGCCAGCUUGCAUUAUCCAAGAAGGACCCCCCUGAGGCUGUGGAAGUUUGCCUGCAUGAGUUGAUACGACGGCAGUGCGCAGCCCGCCCAAACGCUGACGCAGUGUGUGCCUGGGACGGAGAAUUCACGUAUGAGGAACUCCAAACACACGCCAACCAUCUCGCUUCAGUCUUAGAUAGCCGUGGCGUUGAGCCAGAGGUAUUUGUGCCAAUUCUCUUUGAGAAGACACGAUGGGUGCUCGUGGCCAUGUUAGGGGUCUUAAAAGCCGGCGGAGCAUUCGUGCUGCUGGAUCCAUCACUACCUCAGAAGCGUCUGGCAUCAAUAUGCACCAAGGUCCACGCGAGGUGUAUAGUUUCCUCACCAAAAAACGCUGAAAUGGCGGCAGAGCUGGUGCCGGAUAUAAUAAUCCUCGAUGACGCCUGGGGAGCAGACACCACGAGCAACCCAGUGGUGAUAAUCCCCGACCGCGCAGAGCCCCAUCACGCUGCGUACAUCGUUUUUACAUCUGGGAGCAGCGGAGAGCCGAAGGGUGUUGUUAUUGAACAUCGCUCGAUAUCCACCUCUGCAAUGGCGGGUGGGAAGGCCGAGAACCUCAACCGAUCGUCCCGCGCGCUGCAAUUUUCCUCAUACGCCUUCGACGCCUGCUUGGCAGAGACGGUUAUUGUUCUAGUGCAUGGAGGAUGUGUCUGCAUACCGUCGGACCAUGAUAGAAAUUAUAACCUAGCGGAUGCCGCGCGUGGGCUCAGGGUGAAUUGGGCACACCUGACUCCAUCCGUUGCGCGCAUCCUCGCUGUGGACGACAUACCGCUGUUGGAAACCCUAAUUCUCCUAGGCGAGGCGCCGCGUCAAGAGGAUUUGCAGAAGUGGUAUGGACAUGUGCGCCUGUUUAACGGCUUUGGACCCUCUGAAUGUUCGAUGGUGUGUUCUGUGCACGAAUACGAUUCCGCAGACGAUACACCGACCACGAUUGGAACCCCGACUGGGAGUCGACUCUGGGUGGUGGAAGAGGAUGACUUGGAAAUCUUGGUGGCCGCUGGACACGUCGGAGAGCUGCUGAUCGAAGGCCCGAUUGUUGGCCGGGGGUAUCUUGAUGAUGCGCCAAAAACAGCUGCUGCAUUUGUGAAUUCCCCGGAGUGGUUACGGUCGCGUUCGCCUACAGCCACUGGGCGGCUGUACCGUACGGGCGAUCUCGUCCGCUACCUCGGUGAUGGCUCCUUGCAGUACCUUGGACGCAGCGGUACGGAAGUGAAGAUCCAUGGGCAGCGCAUGGACGUGCUGGAUAUCGAGUAUCACAUGCGUCAAUGCCUGGGCGACGUGGUCCAGGACAUUGCCGUCGACGUGAUCACGCCGAACGAUGAUCAUGACGCGCCAUUGCUGGUAGCCUUUGUAUUGCUGCAAGACUCAGAUGAGUGGAGCAGCGAGCGUCGCUUUGAGACCGAGUUUGCAUCCGCCCAGCUGCACCUGCAACAACAGCUACCCGCGUAUAUGAUCCCUGCCGCGUUCAUGGUGGUUGAGACCAUGCCUUUGAGCAACAGCGGGAAACUUGAUAGGCGAAGUCUGCGUGCACUCGGCAACUCCAGCACUCGCCGCGUGCUUUAUCAAGGCCGCGACCUCGAGACAUCAACCAAACGAAGCCCAGCUGGCGUUGUCGAAGCCACCAUGUGCGCUCUAUGGGCGGACGCACUACAUAUGUCAACCGAGGAAAUCGGACUGGACGACAAUUUCUGGAGCCUGGGUGGCAGCUCGAUCCGCGCAAUGAAGCUGGCGGGGGCUGCCCGGCGGUUGGGCUACGAAAUCACAAUGCAAGAUAUGUGGGACAACAAGUCACUCAGAAAAAUGGCAUCGGCUUUGGAGGCGCGCCUCGUGGCUGGGAAUGCAACGGACUGCAAGGAAGACGCUAUAGUUCCGCCGUACUCGCUCGUCGCAGAUGCAGACCUCCUCCCAUCUUUACGAGCGCAGUGUCCCGUCCAGGCCCCGGCUGAAAUCGAAGACAUAUACCCCUGUACUCCACUGCAGGAAGGAAUGUUUUCUUUGUCACGCCGAGCUUCGCCCAACUUCACUAUAUACCAGCGAUACUCUCUGGCCACGGGGACCGACCUAGAGAGGUUCCGGAGGGCAUGGGCCGCCACAAUUGAAGCCAACCCAAUCCUACGCACGCGCAUCGUCCAGGCUGACGAUGGCCACUUAUAUCAGGUAGUCGUCAGGGGUGAACCAAUAGCAUGGGACACUUGGCCAGCCGGUGAUGACUUGCCUAGCCAUUGGCACUCUUGGGCAACCGGCCAACCGCUUUUGAGACUCGCGCUCUCGGUUGAUACCCAGCGGGACAUGCCUUACCACAAUUUUGCCCUAGCGAUGCACCACUCCUUGACCGAUGGUUGGGCCAUCGCAUUGGUGUUAGAGCAAGUCCAGGCUGCAUAUGAGGGGGACACUUUGGAUCGGCGACCCUUCGCCCCGUUCGUGAAAUAUACACUAGCAUCUCAAACAGGCGAAUGUGUUGAGUUUUGGAGAGAACAAUUAGCGGAUCUGCAUGCAAUGCCGUUUCCAAAACUGCCCAACCCCGAGUACCGCUCUGAGCCCAGCGAGAUGAUCGUGCACACGAUAGUACAUGGCCGGGAUAGGGCAGCCACUACCGCAGACGGCGUCACGCUGUCUACGCAGUUGCGACUAGCCUGGGCUGUCCUUGUGUCGCAAUACACCGACAGCGCGGACCUCGUCUUUGGUAUCACAGUCGCCGGCCGUGGUGCCCAGGUCCAUGGCGUGGAAUCGACAACCGGGCCUACCAUCGCAACCAUUCCAAUGCGGGUAAAGCUGGAUUGGGAGAGUAGUGUCGACUGGCACUUGAACGAGUUGCAGGAAUGGGCAGUGCGAACUAUGCGGUACGAGCAACUGGGCUUGCAGCAGAUUGCCCAAUUGGGGGCGGAUGGCGGAACAGCUUGCCAGUUCCAGAGCCUUCUGCUUGUCCAAGCCGAUGCUGAUGACUAUAAAGCUCCGGAAAUAUUUGGCCGACUAGAUGGUGAGCAGCAGGGCGCAGCAUCCUCAUAUGCACUCGUGCUUGAUUGCCAGCUGCUUGCGGAUUCGGUUCGAAUCACGGCGAGUUAUGACCCUCAGGUCAUUCCAGGAGAGCAGGUGGAACGCCUACUGGAUCAGCUUGAGCAUACACUGCGUCAGAUACUGGAUGCGCCACAUAUGACACUGGGCAAGUUAGAAACCAUCAGUCCCGCGGACAUGGGUAUCCUGCAGCGCUGGAAUGGAAUGUUGCCGGCGCGACUGGACGCAUGCGCCCACGAGCUUAUCGCGCGUCGUUCAGCGUCGCAGCCGGACGCCUUCGCGGUAUGUGCGUGGGACGGAGAGUUCACUUAUCAUGAGCUUGAGGUAGAAGCAGGUCGCUUGGCCAGCAUGCUGCGAGUCCAGGGAGUCCGCCCCAACACAUUCGUGCCAGUGUACUUGGAAAAGUCUCGAUGGGCGACUGUCGCCAUGCUGGCGAUCCUCAAGGCCGGCGGUGCGUUCAUAAUGCUAGAUCCAUCGAACCCAGUAGCUCGUCUCCAGGAAAUAUGCCGCGAGAUUAGCGCUCCGUUGCUCGUAACAUCCAACUCACUCGCUGGCGCCGCGGAGGCUCUUGGUCCGUCCAUACUGAUCCUCGAUCCCGAAUCCCUUGCAGAGACGGCAGGCAAUGCUGAAAUAAACGGUUGGUCAGCACCCACACCGGAAGAUUCCAUGUACCUGGUGUUUACAUCAGGGUCAACUGGCAAGCCGCGCGGAGUUGUGAUAUCGCAUACGAACUGGUGCAGCAGUUCAGAGGCCAGGUGCAGGCAGAUGAAGCUAGAUCGCGACACGCGCCUGCUGCAGUUCGCUUCGUACUCGUUCGAUUUCAGCGUCGAAGACAAUAUGCUGACGCUGGUUGCCGGGGGCUGCAUCUGCGUUCCGUCUGACCAUGAUCGAACUUCGGAUCUCGCGGGAGCAAUCACUAACUUCAAAGCCAACUACGCCAAUCUGACGCCUUCAGUUGCACGUAUCUUGCGCCCGUCUGACGUCCCGACGCUGAGGCUCCUUGCGUUCUGUGGUGAGCCAUCCACCAAGGCGGAUAUCCAAACCUGGUGCUCUGAUUCGUCGCAUGUUGAGCUUCUGAACUUGUACGGCCCAGCAGAAUGCGCUGUAACGGCAACAACCCAGUGCUAUCCUAGUGCAUCGGGCGAGACAAAUGACAUCGGGCGCGGGUGUGGCGCUGUGACCUGGGUUGUGGACAGUCAGGGCUACGAGCGACUGGCCCCAAUCGGUGCAGUCGGUGAACUCGUAAUCGAGGGCCCUCUGGUUGGUCAGGGAUACCUCAACGAGCCAGAAAAAACAGCAGCUGCGUUCAUUCCACCACCUCGGUGGUUGAGUCAGUUCCGACAGGGGCCUUCUCGACUUUACAGAACCGGUGAUCUUGUGCAGUACCUUGCCGAUGGCUCCUUGCGGUACGUGGGGCGGAAGGACACACAGGUCAAGAUUCGCGGUCAGCGCGUCGAACUGGCCGAGAUCGAAUUCCACGUCCGACAAUGCUUUCCCAAUGCAACCGACGUCGCCGUCGACAUCGUACGCCCUGCAGCUGGCCUGGGACCAGCUCUCGUUAGCUGGGUCGUGGUACCGGACCAGGGUGACAUUGAUCCAGGGCACACUGGCUGGUUGGGAUUGCAGAACUCGAUAUUCCAGGAGAUGGUGACCCGUGCGAGGCCGCAAUUGGAAGCGUCUGUCCCUAUCUACAUGGUGCCGGAUGUUUUCAUCCCCGUGCGCGCAAUGCCGCUCACCCGCACAGGCAAGGUCAAUAGGCGUCAAUUGCGCUCAUGGACUGAGGAGAUGUCAACAGAGGCAUUGUCGUCGUGGCGAUUGGGACAGACAGGGCACAGGCGCCCACCGGUGACUCCCCGACAGCAACUAAUUCAGGGACUAUAUGCGCAAACGCUGAAUCUCCCAACCGAGGAGAUCGGGCUGGAUGACCACUUUUUCCGCCGUGGAGGAGACUCCAUUCUGGCGAUGAAACUCGUAGCUCUCGCCCGAGCCGUUGGCUUGCCGCUGGCUGUGGCAGACGUUUUCAGCCAUCCUCACCUCAUUGACCUGGCCGACGCAAAGUUCCUGCCGCAGUUGGUGGCUGAGCAGCAGGUUCCCGAGGCCUUUUCCCUGCUGCCUUCCGAUAUGAUUAGGGAAGCAAUCAUUGCGGGUGUCGUUGCAGGGGGUGUGGUUGCAGAGGAACAGAUAGAAGACAUCUAUCCGUGCACGCCUAUGCAAGAUGGGCUAAUGGCGCUGUCCCUACAGUCGCCGGGUAACUAUGUCGCGACAUGGAGGCAUGAACUUCAAAGUGACCUCAAUCUUGACCGGUUGCAGUAUGCCUUCAUGGCAACAGUGGCGGCCAAUCCAAUCCUGCGGACGCGUUUGAUGCACUGCCAUCCCCAUGGCACCUUUCAGGUCGUCAUCCGUGACGAGCAGGUGGCCAUUCCCGUGUUCGCCACCAAGCAAGAAUGGGAGGGUGCCAGAAAGCUGCGCAUGUCAGAAAUGGGGCUCAAUAGCCGUCUCUGGGAGGCAGCACUAAUCACCAGCGGCACGGCGCCCCAGUUGAUACUGACUCUGCACCACGCGCUAUAUGAUGACUGGUCAAUCCCGUUGCUAUGGGACCAAGUCCAAGCCGCAUAUCACGCACCCACAGAGGCCUUGCGACCCUGUCCAUUCAGCCCGUUCGUACAGUAUAUCGUCCAAUCGAAGGGAGCUGAUCAAUUUUGGCGCUCCCAUCUGGAAAACGUCCAAGCACCGGCUUUCCCCGCUUUUCCUUCCUCCACACAUAUUCCACGGCCGGACAAGGUAUUCCGCCACCCCGUGCCCGAUCUUCCUGUAGGGAAUCGUGACUUCACCUUGUCCAUGGCCAUCAAUCUUGCCUGGGCAAUUCUUCUCUCACAUUACACUGACUCCGACGAGGUGGUGUUCGGCCUCACUGUCAACGGACGAGGUGCAUUCCUUCCCGGGAUUGAGACAGUCACUGGCCCGACUGUGACCACAGUCCCUUUGCGCGUCCUCCUGCAGCCCAGGAAGUCGGUCGAGGGACAAAUGAAGGAUUUGAGAGUGCAAGUCAUGGAAAUGACAGCAUACGAGCAAUUCGGCCUGCAAAAUAUCCGAGGUCUGAGUAGCGAUGCCGCGCAUGCGUGCAGUUUUCAGACACACAUUGGCGUACAGCUGCUUCAGUCUUCACCGGCCAAUUUGCUCGUCAAGCAUACUGAAGACCUCAGUGCAGACCUACGGACAGUUUCGAGCUACGCGUUCGUUCUCGUCUGCGAACUGUCGGAUUCAAACCAAGCAGCCAUCGAUAUUGUUGCGAGCUAUGAUUCGCUCGUCGUGCUCCCAGCCCAAGCCCAGAGAAUGGUCGAGCAGUUUGAGCACAUUCUGAGGCAGAUUCUCAGCCAGCCUUCGCAGAAAGUCGGAAACAUCUCAGCUAUGAGUCCGCAGGAUAUGAUUCAGCUCGACCAGUGGAAUGCCAUUUUGCCCAAGUCAUAUGAUAGGUGCUUGCAUGAUUUGGUUUUCGAGCAUGCGGACAGGAACCCUGGACAACCAGCAAUAUCAGCCUGGGAUGGUCAGCUUAGCUACGGAGAACUGAAGCAGGCUUCUCUUCACCUGGCGAGUCUGCUUCGUGAGCGAGGCGUGGAACAAGGAUCGAUCGUCACGAUUUGCUCGGAAAAGAGUAAAUGGGUCAUUGUAUCCAUGCUCUCUGUGUUGUCCCUUGGCGCGGUUGUUUCCUGUAUUGAUCCCAAAUACCCCGUCGACCGUGUUCAGGAUGUUCUCAACCAAACACAGCCGUCACUGAUCUUAGUAUCACCGGGACUGGCCGAAAGCUUUGAUGGAUAUGGGGGCAAAUACAGCGUCAUAGCUCUGCCAAAUGACAUUCCUUGGGCCAUUGAUCUAGGCUGGCAGACUCACUGGGUGCGCGAUGCGACAAAAGCCGCUUUCAUCAUCUUUACUUCUGGCUCCAGUGGGCGACCCAAGGGCAUCGUGGCGACGCAUCGCAACUUUGCGACUAGUAUCCGUAAUCAUUCACCUGCCAUGCGUUUAACAUCCUCCAAGCGAGUUCUCCACUUUGCAUCGUAUGCAUUCGAUGCCAGUCUGCAUGAGAUCUUCGCCAGUCUGGUCAAUGGGAUAUGUGUAUGUGUUCCGUCUGAGCAUGAUCGCAUGAACGCACUGGCGCCAUUCUUGAUUGAGCAAAAUGUAGAUUGGGCGUCUCUAACAUCGUCUAUGCUCGCAACGCUAGACCCGCAAAUCGUUCCGAGCCUGCGGACAGUCGUCGCUUGCGGCGAGCCCCUCACGCGACAUGUGGUCGAACGCUGGGCGCCGCGCGUGUCCCUUCUAAACGGCUAUGGACCGGCAGAAUGCUCAGUAUGUGUAGCAGUAGGACGUGUGAUAGCUGAGGACUGGAAAACUGGAGUCAUCGGGCCUAUGUUUGGAUCGGUUGGAUGGGUGACAUUGCCCUCUGACCCGAGACGGCUUUCACCUCUCGGAGCGGUGGGGGAGUUGUUGAUUGAGGGCCCAGUCGUCACCGAUGGUUAUUUGGAGCGUCCAGACUUGACGGCAGAUGCGUACAUUGAGCCUCCCGCAUGGUUGGUAGCGUACCGGAAAGGUCGCCCUGGUCGGGUAUACCGGUCUGGGGAUCUCGUGGAGAUUACAUCGGACGGUUGGAUCCGAUAUGUUGGUCGGAAGGACACGCAGGUCAAGCUCCGCGGGCAACGGCUCGAACUAGCAGAAGUCGAGUACCAUGUGCGUUGUUGCCUCGAUUGCGUCGAUGUGGUGGUGGAGAAGGUCGAGCUAUCCGGCAGUAACAAUGAGGCGACCCUCGUGGCCUUCAUCAUGGGCUCCGCCGAUCAGAAUGGAGCGUACACUGAUUCCUCCUCCCUCUUUGACCCUCCAAACGCGGCAUUCAGUCACAAGACACAACUAGCAGAGGUCGCGUUGCGAGAUUUGAUCCCAUCUUACAUGAUCCCAUCUCUGUUCCUGUCGCUGCGAGAGUUUCCCCAAACGGCCGGUGGCAAAGUUGAUCGUCGGUGCCUGCGACAUGAGGUCUCCGCCUUGUCCUCGGUCGAAAUCCAGGUAUAUCGUCAGACGGCCGUGCCAAUGCAGCAGCGGCAGCCGACCACGAAUCUGGAGUCGAUUAUCCAAGAAGUGCUGGCAGAUGUGCUAAGUCGUGAGAGCAGCAGUCUCGGUAUUGAUACCAAUUUCUUCCACGUAGGUGGCGAUUCAAUCGGUGCCAUGCAUUUGGUUUCGCAGUUGAGCGGAUAUGGCAUCAGGACCACAGUAGAGGCCAUCUUCAAGAAUCCGACUAUCGCAAGUUUAAGUGCCUCCAUCGAGUCAAGUGCCUCCACAAGUGAGGAUGAAACGUUGCCCGAAUCGGAGAGCGACCACUCCGAUAUGCCAUUCCAGCUGCUCUCGCUCACGAACGACCAAUAUCGACUCUUCAUGGACCGCAUUGUCUAUCCUCUUCAGGAUAUGGGGUUUACCGUGUCGGACGCCUAUCCGACUUCCAGCAUUCAGGAGGGGAUGCUUCUUAGUCAGGCAAAAGAUGGGUCUAUGUAUCACAACCGAUACAUGUUCACUCUGCAACCUCAUGAGAACGGCUCAAUUGACCCGAUGCGAGUCGGACAAGCAUGGCAGGCAGUCGUAGACAAACACCCUCUUUUGCGUACGGUGUUCCGAGAAUCUGUGCAUACCGAUGGGACCAUGGAUCAAAUUGUGCUGGAACCGUCACCAGCUGCGAUGGUCAAUCUAAAGGCGACUCUCGAUGAUCUGUUUGAGGAAUUCGCACAAUAUUGCCCUUCGCCCAUCCCCCCCACACAUCCUCCGAACCGGCUGACCAUCUUAGCGGCGCAGAACGGGUCGAUUGGGUGUUUGUUGGAAGCUAGUCACGCCCUUUUGGACGGUAUCUCGUGGCAGGUACUUCUCCGAGAUUUGGCGCUGGCGUACAAGGGCCAACUGGAGCCGACUAGCUGCAACGCAUACCAUGAUUAUGUCGCCCAUAUCCAAGAGCAAGACUUGGAGACAGCCAGAAAGUUCUGGGCCGAGUAUGCCGUCGGCCUAGACCCUUGCAUGUUUCCCCCAAUUGUCCCAGCGGUUCAGGACAAGCCGACAACAGCCGAGUUCGGAAGACAGCAAAUCCGCCUGGACCGCACGCAAGAGUUAUCUCUCUUGGCCCAGAAGCACGAGCUAACGAUCGCGUCUGUGUUCCAAGUUGCGUGGGCAUUAACUUUGGGCGCUUACUGUCGGACGGAAGACGUCUGCUUCGGGUACAUGACAUCAGGCCGUGACGCUCCAAUUCCAGGGAUCCAGGAUGCCAUCGGUCCAUUCAUCAACCUCCUACUCUGUCGGGUCAACCUUGGUGAAAAGACAUGUAUUUUGGAUCUACUUCGUCGGUGUCAGCAGGAGUUUGCCCGCUCUUUGCAGUUUCAGUACCGAUCGCUUGCGGCCAUCACACAUCAGCUGGGUAUAAGAGAUAUUUUCAAUUCGAUAUUAUCAGUGAAUAAGCGUAUCCCGAGGCUGGAAGUGGCAGGAUCCCCUUGGGUCCUAGGCGAACAGGACGCGGACGGUUCAACCGAGUAUCAAGUAGCUCUCACUGUUGACGUCGGUGACGAGGGUCUGGACAUUGUUCUGGACUAUCACUCUGAGUGGCUGAGCGCAAAAGGCGCAACUUUCGUCCUUGAUGCUUUCGCGAAGGCUGUCGAGGGAAUAAUUCACGAUCCAACCCAAACGCCAACAAAGAUAUCGCUUCUCGGUUAUAGCUCGGAGCAGCUCGUCCACAUAUGGAAUUCGACUGCCACAACAGCUGUCGACAGGUCUCUCGCUGAUAUCGUACUUGAACAAUGCCAGAAUCGGCCUGACGCCGCAGCCGUGUGCAGCUGGGAUGGGGACUUCACGUAUUAUGAGAUCGAACGGUACUCUCGCGCGCUCGAGCUAGUACUGAGAUCAACCCCCGGGGUUGGCGAAGGAUGCAUUGUACCGAUCUAUGCCUCUAAGUCGCGCUGGGUACCAGUGGCCAUGCUUGCCGUUGUCCGAGCCGGGGCGGCUUUUGUCCUGUUCGACGUCAGUCACCCGGCGUCGCGAUUGAAGGAGAUCUGCGCGAGCAUCAACGCGGAGGUGCUUCUCACUCUGCGUCAAAAUUCUCUGGAGGCUAGGAAGCUUGGAUGCGGCCUGCUUUGUGUUGACGAGAUGGAUGGAGUGGAGAAAGAGACGAAGAUCGAGACGGAGACGGAGACGGAAGGCCCCGAGCCCGGGCACGUGACUGCGGCCUUUGACUCCGGGCGGCCGCUCUAUCUCAUCUUCACCUCCGGUUCAACAGGCAAGCCCAAGGGCGCCAUCAUCAGCCAUCGAGCCUUUACAACCAGCGCAAGUGCCCACAGCCAUGCUCUGCACAUUACCGCGGCGUCGCGGGUUCUUCAGUUCUCCUCCUUUGCGUUUGACGUCAGCAUUGCCGAGAUUCUCACCACCCUCACCGUUGGCGGCUGUGUUUGUAUUCCCUCGGAACAGCAACGGACAGACGCCCUAGCUGACGCUGCCGCGUACUUGCAAGUGAACUGGGCGUCCUUCACUCCAUCCGUGGCCCGUGUCUUGCAGCCCUUGGACUUUCCAACCCUGCGAACCGUGAUACUAAUCGGCGAGGUUGUGACUGCCAAGGAAAUCCGACAGUGGGCACCGGCAGUUGACCUCUUUGUCACCUAUGGACCCGCGGAAUGCGCAGUCUACUGCGCAGCCUCCGAGGCUCCCAUUACACCGGAGUCGAACGGUCGGGAGUUUGGUCGACUCGUCGGUUGUCAGGGCUGGGUGGUCGACCCGGCCGAUGUGAAUAUACUACUCCCAAUCGGCGCCACUGGCGAGCUUUUGGUCCAUGGUCCAAUUGUCGGCCAUGGUUACCAUAACGAGCCAGGACUUACGGCACGCGCUUUUAUUGAACCCCCGUCUUGGCUUCCCCUCAAUGCAACUUUAUCGUCGAAGUUGUACCGCACGGGCGAUCUCGUUCGGUUGACGGAGCAAGGGACCUACGAGUUCAUCCAGCGCAAAGACCACCAAGUGAAGCUUCGCGGCCAAAGAUUGGAAUUGGGAGAGGUGGAAUACCAGCUCAGGGCAGCAUUGGUGGACGGUCUUGACGCGAUCGCGGAACUCUGCAUCACCACCGACGGGGCGAAAAUGCUGGUGGCUUUUAUUCACUUGCCCGAAACUGUGCUCCCAGACCCGGAUCUCCCGCUCAAGGAUGAGCGUCUCUUGGGCUCUGCCACGGACCGUUUCCGACAGGUCGCUCUAGAAGCUCAAAAUCGGCUGCAUGAGAAGUUACCGGGAUAUAUGGUACCUACACUGUUCCUACCACUACAAACUGUGCCCUUGACAUCCUCUGCCAAGAUCGACCGCAGGAGGCUUCGUGAGAUAAUAUGCUGCCUUUCCACUGAAGAGGUCCAGGCAAUAGUCGGAGCCCACGAUAUACAAGAUCGGCCUCAGCCUAUUACCCACACCGAAUCACUUAUCCAUAAAGUCUGGGUCCAGGUCCUUAAGCGCUCCCCGAAACAAAUCAGCAGGGAGGACAACUUUUUCCGCCUUGGAGGUGACUCGAUCUUGGCGAUUCAGUCGAUUCCCAUUGCACGUAGCUUCGGCUUGAAUAUCUCGAUGAGCGACAUUUUCAAAUAUCCACGUCUCUGCGAUCUCGCGGCAGCCUCCCGACCGGUCGACGGCGAUGCCAUCUUGUCGAUUCCCCCGUUCAGUCUGCUUCCUGAAGAUAUCCGAAGCAAUGACUUGCUUGAACACGCCGCCCGGGAGUGUGGAGUGCUGCCCAGCGAAAUCGAAGAUAUCUAUCCUUGCACUGCCUUGCAGGAAGGUCUCAUGACUUUAUCGGAAAGGUCGCCCGGCGAAUGUGCUGUGACGUUUGAAUAUCAACUUGACGCUGAUAUCGAUAUGGAACGCUUCGUUUCAGCGUGGAAGGCCACUGUCUCUGCGAAUCCCAUACUGCGGACUCGGAUGGUUCAUGUCGAAGGGCUGCGUGGUACUUGUCAAGCGGUAACUCGGACGACUGUGCGGGUGUUGGAGAGCGAGGACUUGGAGUCCCACCGUGCGAGGCUUAAGGCUUAUGAAACCUCCAUGACCCUUGGUUCCAACUUGGUCGUGCUCUCAAUCGUCCGGCGCAAGAGAGAACGGCCCAUUUUCUUCCUGACCAUACACCAUGCUCUGUACGACGCAUGGUCCCUGUCUGUGCUUUGGAGGCAAGUCCAUGCGGCGUACCAUGGGCAACAUCUUCACUUGCGCCCAUUCAAUCAGUUUAUAAAACAUUGCAUGGGACAUGACGAUGCUGCGCAGUUCUGGCGCUCGGAGCUGGCCGAUUUGCGCUCGCCAGUCUGGCCGUCCUUACCAGCGGCCCGGCACGUGCCAACUGUUAGAUCCACCAUCCAGCGUGCAAUUCACUUUGAGCAGACAUCAACAGAGUUCACCGUAUCAACUUUGAUUCAGCUCGCAUGGGCCGUCGUAAUGUCCUGUUACACGGAUUCUGAAGACAUUUUAUACGGUCUCACUCUCAACGGGCGCAAUGCGCCAUUGCCUGGCAUUGAGGAGCUUUCUGGCCCAACGUUUGCUACUAUCCCCUUCCGCACGCAACUUCGCCUGAAUGAGACGGUCCGGACAAGUCUUGCACGGGUACAAGACAAAAUCACAAAUCUUGCUUCCUUCCAGCAGUACGGCCUACGCAACAUACGGCACCUAGGAGCAGAGGCCGCUCAAGCCUGUCGCUUUCAAUGUCAUCUCGGAAUUCAACCGCAGUCGGACGACGCGGAUAGUGGCCUCUACCGCAGUGCGUCUUCAGCCUCCAAGGAGCAUGGUGCGUUUAGUGAUUCCGCCCUAAUCAUCAUCUGCCAUUUGAACAAACUGGACAAAUCACAAAUCUCAGUCGAGGUGAACUACGACAAAAGCGUGACAUCGCAAGCGAGCCCUGAACGUAUUGUUUCUCAGUUUGCCCACAUCCUUCAACAACUCCCAGGCAGUCUUGAUUCUCCACUAUCUCGGCUUGAUCUCGUAGGCCCUGAGGAUAGAGAUCAACUUCACGAGUGGAACUCCAGUCUUCCAUCUCCUUCCCUAAGACCCCUCCAAGAAGCCGUCCUAGCUUUUGCAACGACUACCCCUACCUCUCCCGCCAUCUCUGCUUGGGAUGGCGAAUUCUCCUUCUCUGAGUUGAACCAGCUAUCCCAUGAGCUUGCCCGCCAUUUGCAAAGAGAGGGAGUAGGUUACGGAAGCAUCGUGCCUGUCUGCUUCUAUCGAUCAAAAUGGGUGGUUGUGGCAAUGCUAGCGGUGCUUCUGGCUGGUGGCGCAUGUGUUCCGCUCGACCCCGACCAUCCUCCAGAGCGCAUUCGCGCUAUUCUGGCUCAGACGCGCCCAGAUCUGGCACUGGUGUGCGAAGAAACUGGCACUGCGCUUGAUAGCUGCAAUGUGCGCUCGUUGCGGGUUCCCCUCAACCCAGCACCACUGGAACCGGCGACCCUAUGUCCCCUCCCGGUCGUUGACACUCAUGAUCCAGCCUUUAUCAUGUUUACAUCAGGAACCACCGGGCAGCCCAAGGGAAUUAUACUAGAACAUACCAAUCUACGCACGAGCAUCCUCCAUCACAGCCGCCCGUGCAACAUCGACCGCAAUACACGAUGUUUGCACUUCUGCUCCUAUGCGUUCGACGUCAGUCUCUAUGAAAUUUUUACCGUUCUUGCCAACGGCGCCUGUGUCUGUAUUCCAUCCGAGCAGGAUCGUCUCAAUGACCUUCCUGGCUUCAUUGCUCGCCAUCGGGUCAAUACUGCCUACAUUGCAACCUCGCUCCUUCACCGACUGCUCAAGCCGGAGCUUGUCCCUGACCUUCACACCAUCAACGUAGGCGGGGAACCGUUGACCCAGGAUAUUGUGGACACCUGGGCCGACAGGGUAAACUUGAUCAAUAACUACGGACCCGCUGAAACGACUCCCUGCGCCGUAGGCAAGGUUCGCAAACAAACCUGGGCUUCGGGCCAGAUAGGGCCGGUUGUUGGUGGCAGAGGUUGGGUCACGGUCCCGUCCGACCCCUCACGCUUGGCCAUGGUAGGCGCGAUAGGUGAACUACUUGUCGAAGGCCCUAUAGUCUCGCGGGGAUACCUCAACGAGCCUUUGAAAACCGCGGAAAGCUAUCUCUCAUCGCCUCCCCCGUGGAUUGCAGAGUUCCGAGGUGACAAGUCGCCAAGUCGCCUGUAUCGUACCGGGGACCUAGUCUCAUACAUGCCUGAUGGUUCCAUUCGCUUUAUAGGUCGAAAGGACACUCAGGUCAAACUGCGCGGACAGCGGGUGGAGUUGGCAGAGGUAGAACAUCACGUUCGUCUCUACUUCCCCGAAGCCAGUGAAGUUAUCGCCGAGGUAGUUACUCAUGGUGUACCCGACGGGGGGCCGUCCAACCUCGUCGCAUUCAUCUGUCUUCCACAGACCCGAAUCAAUGGUGAAGCUGAAGAAGAGGAGGGUAUCUUCCUUGUCGCUGACGCCGGAUUCGUGAAGAAUGCACAGGAUGCUAUGAGGCGACUGGCCGCAGCUUUGCCGGCGUACAUGGUCCCCACUGUGUUCCUGCCGCUGCUGCGAGCGCCCCGGACCCAGAGUGGCAAGCUUGACCGUGGGCGACUGCGUGAUCUCGCUGCAGCUAUUCCACGCGAGCGGUUACAACCUCUGUGCCCGCAGCCGCCCGCGGUCGGAGCACCAGCGCCAACCAGCGACGAGGAAAUGCUCAUCGACUUGUGGGCUGCUGCCUUAUCCAUUCCUCGCGAACAAAUUGGUCCCAAUGACGAUUUCUUCCAUCUGGGAGGUGAUUCUGUCUCGGCCAUGGUACUGGUCAGUGUUGCGCGCCGUCAAGGUGUGCUGUUUUCUGUCUCCGACGUGUUUCUCAACCCAGUCCUCGCCGCCUUGGCUACGAAGAUGCAAUAUCUCCACGACGUUGUCGAAGAGGAUAAUGCGCCCUACCAACCUGGUUCAUUACUAGACAUCGAGGACGUCGAAACUUUUCUCACUCAGAACACAGACGUCCUGCCCCCAGGCAUCCAUGCCAACCAGGUAGAGGACCUCCUUCCCACUACGGAAUUCCAGCGUACCUUCUUGGUUGGUCCGGGUACCGGCAGCUACUUGCGCAUCUCCGUGCCCCGUGCAGUCAAUGGGGGUCAGGUUUUCGGUGUAUUCGACGCUUGGGUUCGUCACCACCCUAUGCUCCGUACAGUCUUUGUUCGCCAUAAUCACCGCACUCUAGCCGUGGUCUUGCGGGACGCGCACAUCAUGAUGUGUCAUCUUCAUGAUCCAACAGGUGAUAUAGAGUCAUACGCUGACUCAAUCUGCGCGAACGAUUACGCCACCGGUAUUGGGGACGGCGCAGUCCACGUUAAAGCCUGGCUUGUUACUCCCGCGGAUGAACACGCCCCGCGUCUGCUUAUCAUCCGCACAUCGCACGCCCAAUACGACGGGCAUUCCCUUCCACUGCUCGUUGACGAUUUAGUCGCCGGAUUGCAAAGCCGUCCUUUGCGCAUCGAUGUCCCACCAUACCCAGUCUACCUGCGGUAUCGCCAACGUCAACAAACCGACCAGGCCGUCCGCUUCUGGCAGGAUUAUCUCCAGGGUGCUCGGAUGCUAGACAUACCCGAUGUCAUUCAACCGAUCUGUAGCCGGGACACAGGUAACCACAUGAUCUAUGGCCGGCGUAGCAUCCCCAUGCCUACCCCACCGGAGGGGAUAACCCUGGCAUCCCUCGUCAAAGCCUCGUGGGCGAUAGUGCUCGCACGAACAACUGAAAAGCGCGACAUAGUCUUCGGCCACACCCUCAAUGGACGGGACGCGCCCACCCCCGCGACCCACGAGCUGAUCGGACCCUGUGUGACUGUCUCGCCCAUGCGCGUAACAUUUCCCUCGACCAUUCCAGUCCUUGAGCUCCUGCACCUCGUGCAAACCCAGUACGCCCGCGCAAUGCCGUUCGCGGACAUCGACUUCGAGCACAUCCGCCAACAUGCCACGAACUGGGACGCAAGCACGCAGUUCAACAGCGUCGUGACGCACCAAACAAACCAGGCCAACAACGCACCGCGGACUUCUGUCCUGCUCGCUGGCGAGGACUGUGCUUGGCGCAUGGUCGAUCACGGAGUGACUCCGCAUCUGAAUCUAACCACCACUCCAUGGCAAAAUACCCUUACCAUACAGUUGUCGGCGCCGAGUUCGAGGCUCUCGGUUCGACGGCUCGAGGAUCUGCUGGGGACGUUCUGCAACACUUUGGCCGAGGUUGAGCGUGGUGGGACACUUGUUCUUUGA